AUGACCUCGGAAAUGGUAUCUAUCAAUUGUAAAAGUGAAGAGAUAAUGAACGAAUCAAAAAACACCAAUGAAGAAAACAGUGAACCUGUGGAAUAUGUGGUUGUAUCAGAAACAGAGGAUAGCGAACGCCUAGAGCUUCCUUUACUUCCGGAAGAUUAUUCGCUGAGCUUAAACACUUUGGUUCAUGCAUUUCCUGGCGCCCAUGGAUUAAAAUAUAAAAAUUCGGUCACAGGAGCAAGCCGAGCUUUGCUGAUGGAUCCGCAAGGAACGCGUUUUCUUGCACCUCCUGAUGGUUGGAAGAAUAAAACAUUUAUUGUCAUUUAUCCUCAUCGUGGAUCAGGUGAUCAGAACACGAAGCGCAAGAAGAUGAUGGAUGAGUGUGAGCAAGAGGGCGAUUCCGAAGAUUCGCAAGGGGGACGCGGGGGACAGUUUACCGCUAAGCAAAAGCGUAUCGAGGAUCCGAGUGGCGAGAAAGCGUGUAUUGAUUUGAUUGUCCUCGGAUUGCCAUUCAAAACAUCUGCUGAAACAUGCAAGGCAUAUUUCGAAAAUUUCGGCGAAGUCAUCCUUUUUGAUUUAAAAACUGACCCCAAUGGUGCAUCGAAAGGUUUCGGGUUUGUGCGAAUGGCUGAUUUUGAUGCUCAGCAGCGUAUCCUUACGCAACAGACUCAUGAGAUUGAUGGACGUCGUUGUCAAGUGAGAAUUCCACUCUCGAAGGGAGAUACAGGAUCGCCAGUAGUAACUCGCAUAUUUGUUGGUCGCGUACAAGAGAAGACUACUGUCGAUACGCUCCGAAAAUUCUUCAACGGAGAAGCUGCUAAAAUUGAUUCAAACGCUUUUGUAACAGAUGUUUUUAUUCCACGUCCAUUCCGAUCAUUCGCAUUUGUUAAUUUUUCAAGUCCUGCGGUCGCCAAGGAACUGAUGAGACAGGGAGAUUUCAUCAUUGAUGGUUCAUCGGUAGCAGUAAGUGCAGCAGCGCCGCGUGAAUCAGAUUUUUCUCCACGAUACGGUCAAAGUGCUUCGUAUGGAUUACCAAGUCAAGGGCGCCAUUCGCGCAGAUUUUCUGACAAAUAUGGCUAUUCCCCGGAAACUGUUAGCUUCAAAAGUCCCGAUUACACGUCUUAUCCAUACGACCCUAUGGUAUCUCGUUCAGUGGAUAAUUGGCGUGCUAGCACCUAUCGUUCAUCGGAUACGCGAGCGUCGAAUCGUUUUUCACCUGGUUAUUCCAAUUCUCCUCGCUAUUCGACACCGGCACGUUCAGGUACAAGCCAGGCAUUGGCAUCUGGAUUGGAUGCGCUGAAUUUGAACAAAAUGAAUGUAAAUCCGGAUAUGAUGGAUGCCGCGUGGCAAGCUUUUUGGAGUACUUUGAGCAAUAAUAGCAGCAGUGCUGGCAGUGGUACACCUUCUGCUACCAAUUCCAAUGGGAAAUGGUAG